GGGCAUGGCCUGAGGGUCCCCCGUCUCCGGGGGGGUGGGGGGUGGGGGGAGGGGGGAGGGGCCGCGGGCGCCGCCGACCGGGACUCAGCAGCCCCGCCAGGCAGCCGCCUGUGAUGCUGCUGUCCCCUGUCGCCCCGUGGCCCCACGAUGACCCACAGCCCCGCGUCAAGCGAGGACGAGGAACGCCACAGUGCCAGCGAGUGUCCCGAGGGGGGCUCAGAGUCCGACAGCUCCCCAGACGGGCCCAGCAGAGGCCCCCGGGGGACCCGGGGCCAGGGCAGCGGGGCACCUGGUAGUCUGGCCUCCACCCGAGGCCUCCAGGGCCGCUCCAUGUCUGUCCCGGACGACGCCCACUUCAGCAUGAUGGUCUUCAGGAUUGGCAUCCCGGACCUGCACCAGACAAAAUGUCUCCGCUUCAACCCCGAUGCCACCAUCUGGACAGCCAAGCAACAGGUGCUCUGCGCCCUGAGCGAGAGCCUGCAGGAUGUGCUCAACUACGGUCUGUUCCAGCCGGCCACCUCCGGCCGCGAUGCCAACUUUCUGGAGGAGGAGCGGCUGCUUCGAGAGUACCCCCAGUCUUUUGAGAAGGGGGUGCCCUACCUGGAGUUCCGAUACAAGACCCGGGUUUACAAACAGACCAACCUGGAUGAGAAGCAGCUGGCCAAAUUGCACACGAAGACGGGGUUGAAGAAGUUCCUGGAAUACGUGCAGCUCGGGACGUCCGACAAGGUGGCAAGGCUGCUGGACAAGGGGCUGGACCCCAAUUAUCACGACUCGGAUUCGGGAGAGACCCCCCUGACGCUGGCAGCCCAGACCGAAGGCUCCGUAGAGGUGAUUCGAACCCUGUGCCUGGGAGGGGCCCACAUCGACUUCCGGGCCCGGGAUGGCAUGACCGCGCUGCACAAGGCCGCGUGUGCCCGUCACUGCCUGGCUCUCACGGCACUCCUGGACCUUGGGGGCUCCCCCAACUACAAGGACCGCCGAGGCCUGACCCCUCUGUUCCAUACGGCUAUGGUGGGGGGCGACCCCCGCUGCUGCGAGCUGCUCCUGUACAACAGGGCCCAGCUGGGCAUAGCUGAUGAGAACGGCUGGCAGGAGAUUCACCAGGCCUGCCAGCGAGGCCACUCUCAGCACCUGGAACACCUGCUCUUCUAUGGGGCUGAGCCGGGAGCCCAGAAUGCCUCGGGGAACACGGCCUUGCACAUCUGCGCCCUCUACAAUAAGGAGACCUGUGCUAGGAUCCUCCUCUAUCGAGGAGCUAACAAGGAUGUGAAGAAUAACAAUGGACAGACCCCCUUCCAGGUGGCUGUGAUUGCUGGCAAUUUUGAACUGGGGGAGCUGAUCCGAAACCAUCGAGAACAGGAUGUGGUGCCCUUCCAGGAGUCCCCCAAGUACGCAGCCCGGCGACGGGGACCCCCAGGCGCAGGGCUGACGGUGCCCCCGGCACUGCUUCGGGCCAACAGUGAUACCAGCAUGGCCCUGCCUGACUGGAUGGUGUUUGCCGCCCCGGGGACCUCGUCCUCUGGGGCCCCCGGCCCUACCUCAGGGCCCCAGGGCCAGUCGCAGCCCUCGGCCCCCAGCACCAAGCUCAGCAGUGGGACCCUCCGAAGUGCCAGCAGCCCCCGGGGCGCCCGGGCCCGCUCCCCAUCCCGCGGGAGGCACCCUGAAGAGGCCAAGAGGCAGCCCCGUGGACGGCCCAGCUCCAGUGGGACGCCCAGGGAAGGGCCGGCAGGGGGCACAGGGGGCUCAGGGGGCCCUGGGGGCUCCCUGGGCAGCCGCGGGAGGCGCAGGAAGCUCUACUCGGCGGUACCCGGACGCUCCUUCAUGGCCGUGAAGUCAUACCAGGCCCAAGCGGAGGGGGAGAUCUCCCUGAGCAAGGGCGAGAAGAUCAAAGUGCUUAGCAUCGGGGAAGGAGGCUUCUGGGAAGGCCAGGUCAAAGGUCGCGUUGGCUGGUUCCCCUCUGACUGCCUGGAAGAGGUGGCAAACCGCUCCCAGGAGGGAAAGCAAGAAAGCCGCAGUGACAAGGCAAAGAGACUCUUCCGGCAUUAUACCGUGGGCUCCUACGACAGCUUUGAUGCCCCAAGAAGCUUGAUGGAUGGGAUUGGCCCAGGGAGCGAUUACAUCAUUAAGGAGAAGACAGUCUUGCUGCAGAAGAAGGACAGUGAGGGGUUUGGGUUCGUGCUCCGGGGGGCCAAGGCGCAGACCCCCAUCGAGGAGUUCACCCCCACCCCGGCCUUCCCGGCGCUGCAGUAUCUGGAGUCCGUGGAUGAGGGUGGCGUGGCAUGGCGAGCUGGACUGCGGAUGGGAGACUUCCUCAUCGAGGUGAACGGGCAGAAUGUGGUGAAGGUCGGCCACCGACAGGUGGUGAACAUGAUCCGCCAAGGGGGCAACACGCUGAUGGUCAAGGUGGUGAUGGUCACCAGGCACCCGGACAUGGAUGAGGCUGUCCAUAAGAAAGCACCCCAGCAGGCAAAGCGGCUCCCGCCCCCAGCCAUCUCUCUUCGUUCCAAGUCCAUGACCUCAGAGCUGGAGGAGAUGGAGUACGAGCAGCAGCCUCCGCCGGUGCCCAGCAUGGAGAAAAAGCGGACCGUGUAUCAGAUGGCUCUCAACAAACUGGAUGAAAUUUUGGCGGCAGCUCAGCAGACCAUCAGCGCAAGCGAGAGUCCUGGACCUGGUGGCCUUGCGUCGCUGGGCAAACACCGGCCCAAAGGUUUCUUUGCCACCGAGGUAAGCUGCCUGCACUGGGGGAUGGGAGCCCCAUCUUCAGCCUCCAGCCUGGGCACGCACUCUGCCCUUGAGGCCCCAGACCCACCACCGGCCCACGAGGUGGCACAGGAGGAGGGCUGGACCUCUGGCGGAGCCGCUGGGGAGGAGUCUGCCCGCAGCCGGCUCCGGCAAAAAUCUAUCGGGGCUGCAGAAGAUGAUAGACCCUACCUAGCACCCCCAGCCAUGAAGUUCAGCCGCAGCCUGUCUGUGCCUGGCUCGGAGGACAUCCCUCCGCCGCCCACCACGUCCCCACCGGAGCCCCCCUACAGCACACCUCCGGCCCCCUCCUCCUCGGGCCGCCUCACCCCAUCCCCCAGAGGAGGGCCCUUCAACCCCAGUUCGGGUGGCCCCCUCCCCUCCUCUUCCCCUGCGUCCUUCGAUGGGCCCUCCCCUCCCGACACGCGCGUAGGGGGCCGUGAGAAGAGCCUGUACCACAGCGGGCCCCUGCCCCCCGCCCACCACCACCCGCCCCACCACCACCACCAUCACGCCCCGCCCCCCCAGCCUCACCACCACCACGCCCACCCCCCUCAUCCCCCGGAGAUGGAGACGGGCGGCUCUCCCGACGACCCCCCACCCCGACUGGCCCUGGGGCCGCAGCCCAGCCUGCGCGGCUGGCGGGGUGGCGGGCCCGGCCCCACCCCGGGGGCCCCGUCCCCGUCGCACCACGGCGGCGGGGGCGGGGGCAUCGGCUCCUCCCAGGCCCCGGCCCUGCGCUACUUCCAGCUGCCCCCCCGGGCGGCCAGCGCGGCCAUGUACGUGCCAGCCCGCUCGGGCCGCGGGCGCAAGGGGCCCCUGGUCAAGCAGACCAAGGUCGAAGGCGAGCCCCAGAAGGGCGGCGGCCUCCCGCCCGCCCCCUCGCCCACGUCCCCGGCGUCCCCGCAGCCGCCGCCCGCCGCGGCCGCGCCCUCAGAGAAGAACUCCAUCCCCAUCCCCACCAUCAUCAUCAAGGCUCCGUCCACCAGUAGCAGCGCGGCCAUGUCGCCGGUGCCGCCGUCGCCCUCGCCGGUGCCCACCCCCAGCUCGCCCAGCGGCCCGGCCACCCUCGACUUCACCAGCCAGUUCGGAGCGGCCCUGGUGGGCGCGGCGCGGAGGGAAGGCGGCUGGCAGAACGAAGCCCGCCGGCGGUCCACGCUCUUCCUCUCCACCGACGCGGGGGACGAGGACGGCGGCGACGGCGGGCUGGGCCCCGGGGCGCCCCCGGGCCCCCGGCUGCGCCACUCCAAAUCCAUCGACGAGGGCAUGUUCUCCGCCGAGCCCUACCUCCGGCUGGAGUCCGCCGGCGCGGGGAGCGGCGUCGGGUACGGGGGCUACGGGGCCGGGGGCCGAGCCUACGCGGGCAGCGGGGGCAGCAGCGCCUUCACCAGCUUCCUGCCGCCCCGACCCCUGGUCCACCCGCUGACCGGCAAGGCCCUGGACCCGGCCUCCCCGCUCGGGCUGGCCCUGGCCGCCCGAGAGCGGGCGCUGAAGGAGUCCUCGGAGGGCGGCGGGCCCCCCCAGCCCCCUCCAAGGCCCCCAUCGCCCCGCUACGAGGCGCCGCCGCCCACCCCGCACCACCACUCGCCCCACGCCCACCACGAGCCGGUGCUGCGCCUCUGGGGGGCCUCACCGCCGGACCCCGCCCGCCGGGAGCUGGGGUACCGGGCAGGGCUGGGCAGCCAGGAGAAGUCCCUUCCGGCCAGCCCUCCAGCGGCCCGACGCUCCUUGCUGCACCGCUUGCCCCCCACGGCUCCCGGGGUCGGGCCCCUCCUCCUGCAGCUGGGGCCCGAGCCCCCGGCCCCGCACCCCGGGGUGAGCAAGGCGUGGAGGUCGGGGGCCCCCGAGGAGCCGGAACGGCUGCCCCUCCACGUGCGGUUCCUCGAGAACUGCCAGCCCAGAGCCGGCGGCGGCGCGGGCGGAAGGGGGCCCCCCUCGGAGGACGGGCCGGGGGUUCCGCCUCCCAGCCCGCGCCGGUCCGUGCCGCCCUCGCCCACCUCCCCGCGGGGCGGCGAAGAGAACGGGCUCCCCCUGCUGGUCCUGCCGCCCCCCGCUCCCUCGGUGGACGUGGAAGACGGCGAAUUCCUCUUUGUGGAACCGCUGCCCCCGCCUCUGGAGUUCUCCAACAGCUUCGAGAAGCCAGAGUCGCCGCUCACACCCGGGCCUCCCCACCCGCUGCCGGAUCCCCCCACCCCAACCACCCCGUUGCCCCCCGUGCCGCCGCCCGCCGUGGCCGCCGCGCCCCCCACCCUGGACUCCACGGCGUCCAGCCUGACUUCCUAUGACAGCGAGGUGGCCACACUGACCCAGGGGGCCCCCGUGGCUCCCGGGGACCCCCCUCCGCCAGGCCCGCCGGCCCCGGCCGCCCCGGCUCCCCCGGCCCCACAGCCUGGCCCCGACCCGCCGCCUGGCACGGAUUCUGGUAUCGAGGAGGUGGACAGUCGGAGCAGCAGUGACCACCCGCUGGAGACCAUCAGCAGCGCGUCCACACUGAGCAGCCUGUCUGCCGAAGGCGGUGGCAGCGCCGGAGGCGGCGGCGGCGGCGGCGGCGGCGGCGGCGGGGCCGGUGUGGCCAGUGGGCCGGAGCUCCUGGACACGUAUGUGGCCUACCUGGACGGCCAGGCCUUCGGGGGGAGUGGUGCUCCCGGGCCACCGUACCCCCCGCAGCUCAUGACUCCUUCCAAGCUCCGGGGCCGGGCUCUGGGGACCAGCGGAGGCCUGCGGCCCGGCCCUAGUGGGGGACUCCGGGACCCUGUCACUCCCACCAGCCCCACAGUCUCCGUGACGGGGGCUGGAACGGAUGGGCUGCUGGCCCUGAGCGGUUGCACAGGACCCUCAUCGGCGGGUAUGGCCGGGGGUCCGGUGGCUAUAGAGCCAGAAGGCCCACCCGUGCCCUUGCCAUCAGCCUCUUCUCUGCCUCGGAAGCUGCUGCCCUGGGAGGAGGGCCCGGGCCCACCGCCACCACCCCUGCCCGGGCCCUUGGCCCAGCCUCAGGCCUCAGCCUUGGCCACAGUAAAAGCCAGCAUCAUCAGUGAACUCAGCUCCAAGCUUCAGCAAUUUGGGGGCUCCUCGGCAGCUGGUGGCGCUCUGCCCUGGGCCCGGGGAGGCAGCGGGGGAAGCGGGGACAGCCACCACGGGGGAGCCAGCUACGUCCCCGAGAGGACCUCUUCCCUGCAGCGGCAGAGACUCUCCGAAGACUCCCAGCCCUCGCUCCUCUCCAAACCCGUCAGCAGCCUGUUUCAGAACUGGCCCAAACCACCUCUGCCGCCACUCCCCACGGGAACUGGGGUCUCCCCUUCCGCCGCUGCAGCUCCGGGGGCCACGUCACCCUCAGCCUCCUCCUCCACGUCCACCCGCCACCUCCAGGGCGUGGAGUUCGAGAUGCGGCCGCCUCUGCUCCGCCGGGCCCCCAGCCCCUCACUGCUGCCCGCCUCGGAGCACAAGGUCAGCCCUGCGCCCAGGCCCUCGUCCCUGCCCAUCCUGCCUUCUGGACCCUUGUACCCGGGCCUCUUUGACAUCCGUGGCUCCCCAACCGGAGGGGCAGGAGGCUCCGCUGACCCUUUCGCCCCCGUCUUUGUGCCACCACACCCCGGGAUGUCCGGGGGGCUUGGUGGAGCCUUGUCAGGGGCCUCCCGCUCCCUCUCACCAACCCGCCUGCUUUCGCUGCCCCCGGACAAGCCCUUCGGCGCUAAACCUCUGGGGUUCUGGACCAAGUUCGACGUGGCUGAUUGGCUCGAGUGGCUGGGCUUGGCUGAGCACCGAGCACAGUUCCUGGACCACGAGAUCGAUGGCUCGCAUCUGCCCGCCUUGACCAAGGAGGAUUACGUCGAUCUGGGCGUGACCAGGGUGGGCCACCGCAUGAACAUCGACCGGGCUCUCAAAUUUUUCCUGGAGAGGUGAUGGCUGGCCUGGACGGACCAGCCCGUCCACAGAACCCUUGAGCCUACUGGCCUCUUGACCUCUGACCCCUGACCGUCAUUAUCUUCCCCUGGGCCAGGGACUCUGCUAGAACUGCGCCCUGCCCUGCCCUUGUCUCCCAAGGCCGGAGGUCACCGGGCGGCCAGAUCCCCGGCCAGACAUUUGCACCUCACAGGAGGGGGCAGCUGACACAAGACUGUGUGUGAAGCAGGGAGCAGGGGGGAGGGGGGGUGGUGGUGAUGGAGGAAAUCGCAGAGGGGGAUGGAGAAGGAGGGAAGGGUCGGUUCUGGGGAGGGGGAACAGACAGAGCCAUAGGGGGUCAGCCCUGAGCCUGAUUGGAUGGGGUUUGUCCCCGGCCGCAGGGGAAGGGGGUGCCCUCAGAUUCCACCACCUGCCGCUCCUCUAACAACCCUUCCCCCCCUCUCCAGGCCCCUGGGCUCUCCCCACCCUCCCCCCUCCCCAGCACACACACACACAGCAGCCCCCCACCCCGGCCUCUUGCACGCCCCUUUGCACGCCUGCUUGCCUCUCUCUCCUCCCCGGGCUACAAUUUUGCACAAAUUUGCCCUCUCGCUGUCUUGCACACUCCGCCUUCGCUUCCGGCUCGCGAGGCCCUCUCAGCGCUCAAACACCCACCCCCCCCCCUUUCCCUAGCCCACAUUUGCAUUUCUUCUCUUCUGCCACAUUCCAUACCUUUACUCUCUCAGACUCUUGUCCUUGGUGCCCUCCCGUGCACACCUCACUUCUGAAAAUCUCUAAACCCUUGCUGCAGACACACUUGGGACACCCCUUCCCCCACCCCCUCCCACACUCUGUGCACGCAUACUUAUUCUCCGGAGCACACCUGCCUUUGUUCAGCUUUUGCACACUUGCUAUCCCGCGCACUUUUCCUGACACGCUUCCAUCCAUUCUCUUUAAGCAUUAGCCCCUUCUCGAAACCCCCACAUUUCUACUCGACCUGCCUGUCCCUGUUGCAGGGACACUCCCCUGCACC